CUGCUCGUCGAUCAGAGGCGCAACAUGUCGCGCUUCGCUCGAUCGAGCUAGACCGAGUUAGACGGGUUCGCGUCUGCCCCGCCGAUUUCUACCCGUCCUCCGCGCGUCGCAGCACCAGCCGUUAUCGCGAUCGCGUUCGCGGGAUCGCCGGUUUCCGUGUUGACGUUCCGACCUGAUUAUGACGUCGAACUGCGAACCGAUGUUGCGCGUAAACGACGUUUCGUCGUCGCGGAAACGAACAUAACCCCUCCGAGAGACAAUGAACCGCCCUAUUCUCGGGACGUUUUUCUAACUGCAAGGGAGACGGCGAGCUUGUGGCGUUGAACAGGAUAUAUUCUGUUGGUCCGGGUUUGAUUAAUCAACAUGGGACUGCUGUUCGCGAAGCUGUGGAGCCUGUUCGGCAAUGAAGAGCAUAAAAUAGUCAUGGUUGGCUUGGACAAUGCUGGGAAGACGACGAUAUUGUAUCAAUUCCUGAUGAACGAGGUUGUCCACACGUCCCCGACCAUUGGAUCCAAUGUGGAAGAAGUUGUGUGGAAGAAUAUUCAUUUUAUCAUGUGGGACUUGGGUGGUCAACAGAGUCUGAGGGCCGCCUGGUCCACUUACUACACCAACACCGAGUUCAUCAUCAUGGUCAUAGACAGCACAGAUCGAGAGAGGCUCGGUGUAAUCAGAGAGGAACUCUAUUCGAUGUUGAAUCAUGAGGAGUUGAGCAAGGCUAACGUUCUGGUCUACGCUAAUAAGCAAGACUUGAGGGGCAGCAUGACCGCGGCCGAGAUUUCGAGACAGUUGGAUCUAACGUCCAUUAAGAAACAUCAGUGGCACAUACAGAGCUGUUGCGCUCUCACGGGAGAGGGAUUGUAUCAAGGGCUGGAGUGGAUUGUCGGACGUUUGAAAAAGACAUGACGUACAUUAUGAGAGUUUAUAAGUCUAAUGGAAUAUCCAAAAUGUAAAAUAUGUUAUUAAGCUAAGUUAGCCCUGGUUAACACACUUUGAUGGUUAUACGGAAGAGAAAAGCAGCUUGGACUGUCGCAUUUCGUUAGUCAUUAUUUAAAUCUCCUGGUAUGACCUUCAAAGUGCAUACGAUCAUCUUAUUGCCGCAGAGCGAAUACACAAAGGAUGGUGGAUGGGUAAAUUUGUUCUUUAGCUAUCAAUUGCCCUGGUUGUUUACGUGAUAAAAAAAGUUUGGUAUUACCGUUCGUGACAUUACAAUAAACCUCAACUUGUUUUCACUAUGAUCAGUAACAAAGAUAAGAAAAGAAUGAAGAUAAGUGCAGAUGCACAAAGCAAGAUAUUAAAUGCAUGCUAAAA